AACAUGUUGCCCUGCAGGCCUGACCAAGGAAUUUUUCCCCCCCAUUUAUUUUGACCUCUGUUAUUAACCAGUGGCUAUAGGCAUUGUCUCACUCUUAUGGAUGCCAGCGUUGCUAUGGAAACUCAUUGUGACGUCGCUCUUAUCAGGGUCACCCAAAUGGGAUUUCUGAGUGACAGACAGGCAGGCAGGCAUCGCUGUUAUUCAGCUGCAUCUGUGGCAACCCUGGCGGCCAUUGCAGCGGCAAUCGCUAAUUAGCAAAAACACCCAUUGGCCUGAUCGUGCGCGCGCGCGUGCGUGUCUGUAAAUAAGCCAUGUUCAGCCAUUGAUGUUGAAAGCAAAUGCUGAGAAUUAUUCCUAUUUAUCUCAAAGUGUGAAGCCGCAGCGGCUUUCUGAAAGGCGCAGUUUGACCAGUGAGCCAAUUUGGCUACAUGGGCUCCCUCUAGUGGUCCGUGAAAGAAGCACUCGAUUAAUUUCAAACUAUGCAUGUUAGUGUUUUGGAUUUGAGUUAUAGAGUUUAACAAGAGAACAAUAGUUUGUAUUUAACAUCACUUGUUUUUGUUCGUUGUUGGGUGGUUAAAAAAUAAUGCCCGGAUGUUUCUUUGCCUUCUCUGUCACAUUUCCCCUGCCUUUUCCGGCCUGUAAUUACAUUUUGAGCCGGCCCCGCCCUUUUCGCAGCCUUCUGUCUUGGACAGCUGUAAUGGACGAUAAUGGUGUCACCGAGUUUGAAAAUGAUCCCCUCGUCGUCAUGGUCGAGAUCCAGAUACUUAAUCGGAUGUUUCUAAAUUUAAGUGCGGCGCACACGUGCUCAUAACCCGAGCAUUUACUUGUAUUAAUCCUGUCUUUUUUUUUUGGACUUGGUUCGCUUUGUCGCUGUCAAUGAAGCUCUUAUUUUGAAAUCUUUCCUCCUGCGUGGAGAGUGCAUGUGCACACACACACAUACGCACACGCGUGCAAAGACGGCUAAACAGCAGCACCGUGCUGGCUGGGCUGAGCUGAACUGAGUGUUUAGGGGUGCAGAUACCAGAUCUCGGUCUUACCAGAGGGGCACGUAGAUCUGAAGACGCGUCUUAAGCGGGGAUGCCCGCUGCAGCAUCAGAGACUUCUUGACGGAUGAGAGGAGGACCGUAGACCGAGCCGAGACCCUUCCCGGUGGCUCCGGGAGUAAGAGCGUGAGCACACCCCCGCGCCCCCUCCCCGCAUUGCAGAUGCAGACAAGUGGGGCGUGCUCGGAUGCGCCCGGCCGGCCCUGAUGCAGCUCGGCGCCGCCUCGGGGCUUUCCGCCGGCUGGGAGAGGCUGGGGGGGCCGCUGGGUGGGCCGCUGGGGGCUCCUCGGCCGCGCGUUGCCAUGCUGCGCCAGGCGCUGCACGCCGGCCUGAGCGGCGGCUUCCGAGCGCUCGGCCGCUUCGUGGCCAGCCAGCCGGUGCUGUUCGCCUCCGCGCCGGUGCUGCUGGCCGUGCUGCUGGGCGCCAGCUUCAGCCGCUACCGCGUGGAGGAGGACGUGCAGAGCCUGCUAGCGCCCAAGCACAGCCUGGCCAAGAUCGAGGGCAACCUGGUGGACAGCCUUUUCCCCAUCAACCACUCCAAGCACGCCCUCUACUCGGACCUGCAGACGCCCGGUCGCUACGGCCGCGUCAUCGUCACCGCCCGGCGUGGGAGCCUGCUGGAGCCGCCCAAUCUGGACGCCGUGCUCAAGCUGCACAGACUCAUCUACCAGAUGCAGGUGACGGUGCCCCCGAGCAGCCCCGACAGCUUCAACUACUCCUUCUCGCACCUGUGUCUUCCCGACGACAAGAAGGCGUGCAUUGUGGACGACAUCAUCGGCGCCUUGGAGGAGAUCCGCUCGGCCCGGGCCGCCAACCGCUCGGCGCCGACGCUCCGCUACCCCAUUACACGGCUGGCCGGCGGGCGCCGGGCGUACAUCGGCCACCAGCUGGGCGGCGUGCAAACGCGGGGCCCCGACGGCGAGGGGGUGCGGUCAGCCCGGGCGAUCCAGCUCACCUACUACCUGCAGGCUCGAGGCGGGCUGAUGGAGGGUGUGGCCGGCCAAUGGGAGAAGGCCUUCUGUGGCCGGCUGCGGGACUUUGCGGCGCUGCACCCGCAGCUGCGCCUCUACCCGGCCACCUCGUCGUCCCUCGGUACAGACUUCCAGCUGUCCUCGGUGCUGGCGCGUCGCCCCCUGCUGGCCGGCUUGGGGCUGUGCGGUGUCCUGGCCAUCCUGUGCUGCUCCAUGCGGGACUGCGUGCGCUCCAAGCCCUGGUUGGGCACGCUGGCCUUGCUCUCCGUCACACUGGCGGGACUGACGGCCGCCGGGAUUCUCAACCUCAGCGGCUCCACCUACAACUCCACCUACCUGGGCAUUCCCUUCGUCAUGCUGGGUCACGGCCUCUUCGGCUCCUUCGAGAUGCUGUCGUCGUGGCGACGCACGCGCGAGGACCAGCACGUGAAGGAGCGUGUGGCGAGCGUCUUCGAAGACGUCAUGCCGCGCUUCUCGGGCUCAACGGUGCUACACCUGAUGACUUUGGGCCUGGCCGCCUCGCCGCUCACCAACAUGGAGGCGGUGCGCCUCUUCUGCCGCACGGCCGCGCUCGCCGUGGCCGUCAGCUACGCCUACAUGCUCUCCUUCUACAGCUCCUGCCUGGUCUUCACCGGCUACCUGGAGACGGGCUAUCGGCACGGCUGCUUUUGUCGACGAGUGCCCCGACAGGAGCGGCUGGAUUCCAAGCCGGCCUGGUACCGAUGCCUGAUGUACACCCGCUACCAGGAUGAGGCGCAGACCGCCACCGGGACACCGCACGGCCCAGGACACGCCCCUUACCCGGCCAAUGUGGCGCACACGCGCACUUACGUGCACCCUCGGGCGGUCAACGACCAGCCGCCGAGCACGCCCGGCCACCCUCGGGCCUCGGACGCUCGCCCCCAGGACUCGCACCUUCUGCUGGGCUGUGUGAGGCGUUGCUACGGUGACUGGAUCACCAACACUUAUGUCAAGCCCUUUGUGGUGCUGCUCUACCUGGUCUACGUCUCCUUUGGACUCAUGGGCUUCCUGCAGGUGGCCCAGGGCUCGGACCACAGCGCACUGGUCGCCAUGGACACAGCCACGGCAUCGUACGCCCACGCCCAGCAGCUCUACUUCAGCUCCUACUCGCCUGUCAUCGGCUUCUACAUCUAUGAGAGCGCCCCGUACUGGAACGCCACCGUUCAGAGCGACCUUCUGGAGUACGCCAAGGGCUUCCAGCGCAUCAGCUGGCUGGAGGCCUACCUGGCCUACCUGGCGGAGCGCAACCAGUCUGGCAGCUUUUCUCGGGAGAAUUUCACUUACGCGCUUCGCCACGACUUCCUACGCGAGCCUCAGUUUGCCCACUUUGCCGACGACAUCAUCUUCGCCGAGCGGGGUCCCGGCCAGGAGCCCGAGGUGGCGGCGUCUCGCAUCUUCCUGGUGGCCAAAACCACGGAGAACAAGCGGGAGGAGAUGUCGGUGCUGCUGGACACGUUGCGGCGCCUGUCGCUCACCUCCCGCGUGCGCUUCCUGGUCUUCAACCCGUCCUUCGUCUACCUGGACCGCUAUGCUGGUGCCGUCAGCGCGCCCCUGCGCCACUCCCUCCUGGCCGCCCUCUUCCUGCUGGGCCUGUCCUCCCUGGCCUUGGUGGAGCCCCUGGUGUCGGUGUGGCUGGGGCUGACUCUGCUCUCGGUGCAGUUUGGCGUGCUGGGCUUCAUGAGCCUGUGGGGCGUGGAGCUGGACUGCGCGUCCGUCUUGUGCCUGAUCCUGGCGUUGGGACAUGCCACCGACUGCAGCGGGCCGCUACUGUGUGGCUUUGCGGCGGGCCGGGGCGACGGCAGGACCCGCUGGGUGCGAGUGGCCCUUGAGAGGCACGGUGUGCCCUCACUCCAAGCCUUACUCUGCUACGGUGCCGCCCUGGCGCCGGUGGGCUCGGUACGCUCCAACCUGACGCGCACGCUUUUCCGCUGCCUGGUGCUGACGGCUGGAUGCUCCGCCCUGCACGCGCUGGCGUUCCUGCCCGCACUGCUCACCUUCCUGCCGCCUUCCAAAAGCCGAGCCCGCCGGCCCGUUUCUGGCGACGCCCUCCGGCAGGAGGCCGAGUGCUUGGAGAUGGAAGACGGCACUCAGGUGGUCGACCAAAUCACCACGGUCUGACCUUGCAUGGAGGAGCUGGAUGUAGCGUUUCCAUGGCGACGGGCAAACGACCAAAGAGCCGAGCUCAGGCACGGCCGAUCUCAUCGUUCAGCUGCUGCCAACUGUUUGCUUGUGUAUAGUUGAGCGCCGCUCCGCGUGGACAAAAGUUCUGAAACGCACCUCGCAAUCAAUAAUAGGAACCUCCACGCCAUCUCAUCAAGAACAUUUUAGACAAUUAUCUGCUUCCGAGGCCUUCUUUGCUUGCAGUACGCAAAUCGCGGUAGGAGUCCCAAUACUUUUGUUCAUAUCAGUGUUCUUAUCACAACAUGAGAAGCCAAUCAGCCGUAUCACUAUACAAAUGCCGGACAAAUAAAGUCAGAGUGAUUGAAAGCUGCUCCGAUUGUCUUUCCAACUGCAAUCGUAACGUUUUUCUCAGUAAAAUAAACUAACUUCAUUUCAAAA